AAAAAAGAAAAAAAAAAUAUACAUUUCAAGCCAUCCCCCAACAAACCCAUAAUGGAUUCUACCAUUCAUCUUCACCACCAUCAUCAUCUCAACUGAGCCUGAAACUUAUUCUUAUUUGUAAGCCUUUCCUGACCACAAGGGGUGAGAGUAAAGGUCGUUUCACUGCUACCCCCCAUUGACUAAAGGACAAAGAGCCCAAAAGCCCAGAGAAGAAAAAGCUUCUUUUUGGGUCUGGAAAGUAGGUUUGGAGCUUGCCUUCUCCAUUUUUAGUCUGAAUUGGGAUUUGGGGUGAGAGGUUCUUAAACCACAGAUUCUUCUUUCGCCAUACCCUACAGAGCGGUGCUUCACGCUGUGGUUUCUCUAUUGUUUUUUGUUUUUUCAUCGGUUUCUUGCAGAAGAGGGAGAAGAAUUUCUCAGAUUAUGUAUUAUCAGCUAGCGAAAUUCUCCCAUCAGGAUUCUCUGGAAGUCUUGGAGGCGGAUAUUCAGUAUGCAAAUUCUCUGGCGGCUGCAAUCCCCAUGGCAAAAGGGGGUCCCUAUCUUCAAAUGAAGUUGGCUUAUAAUCAAUUGGCUCCCAUUGUUCUGUUUUUGCUACAAUGGAUGGAUUGUUCUUGCACUUGCUUACUUCCCAGAUAUUUAAACCUCUUCCACAUACUUGUGUACAAGGUAUAUCCUGAGGGAAAACAAAAAGGAAUAUCCAGGCAUGGGAGGAAGGCAACUAUUCGGGACUUUUACGCCAUAAUAUUGCCUUCCCUUCAGCGGAUCCAUGGUAGCUUGGAUACGCUGGAUGAUUGCGAUGAAGGGUGUCAUUGGAUUGAGAUACCUAGCAAGAAGAGAGGAUGUGAUAAAGAGGGUAGACUCAUGAACAUCGAUAUGAAGCGAGAAGACGAGUGUGGUAUUUGCUUGGAGCCCUGCACAAAGAUGGUUUUGCCGAAUUGCUGUCAUGCAAUGUGUAUCAAAUGCUACCGAAAUUGGAACACAAGGUCGGAGUCGUGUCCUUUCUGUCGUGGCAGCUUGAAGAGAGUCAACUCAGAGGAUUUAUGGGUUCUCACCUGCAACGAUGAUGUGGUCGAUGCUGAAACCGCUUCGAAGGAAGACAUGUUGCGCUUUCAUCGCUACAUUAACAGCCUGCCAAAAGACUAUCCAGAUGCCCUCUUCGUAGUGUAUUCCGAAUAUCUAAUUUAGCUCAGAGUAAACUGUGUAUAGAGGGAAAAUCCCAACACGAAAUGUAAAGGUCAGAACAUAUCCUCUCUUGCUUCAUAUAGAAUAAUUGAUCACAUGACAUGCUUAGUUAGAAGAGAACUAAUAACGAAUCGAUGUAAGAUGCCAAUCAUCUCCGCAUCUCGGCCUCACGUGCGUACUCGUCUUGUAUCUUAUAAACUUGAAAGUGCCAUCUCAAAUGCACUAAUUGUCAAUAAAGAUGAAUUUGGUCA